AUGCCUCGUGCCGUCAGAGGAGUCCUCAUCGAGUGCGAUCCGUCCGUGAAAGCCAUCAUCCUCAAAUACGACGAAGAACGACACGACUACAUCGUCGAAGACCUGGAUGAUGACCGCCAUUUGGUCAUCAAGGAGAGCCAGUUGCAGAAUCUGAAGGCGAGGUUGACAAAGGAGCUUGACGAUAAGGUUAUGCAGCCUGAUGAGUCGGAAUCGGAGUGA